AUGGCAAAGGGCAUUGAUGCAUUGGGAGACACAGUUGUACUUCUACUUGAUUAUCCGAAGCUCUGCUUGGAGAGUUUUUUUUUUAGACUCCAUCCUGCUCACAAACACUGCCACCUCCUCCCGCCUUCUCUCUUUACAAAUGUUACCCCACAAUCAGAAAUUUCCUCUUUUCUUUCCUUCCUGCAUUUUCAGCAGGUUCCUUUGCGUCAGAAGACAAGAAAGAAAACUCAAGGUUUUUUCACCAUGAGUCGGAGGAGGAUUUCCUGUAAAGACCUGGGGCACGCUGACUGCCAAGGGUGGCUCUAUAAGAAAAAAGAAAAGGGAACUUUCCUAAGCAACAAAUGGAAAAAGUUCUGGGUGGUGCUGAAGGGAUCCUCACUCUACUGGUACAGCAGUCAAAUGGCAGAGAAAGCUGAUGGAUUUGUCAACCUGCCUGAUUUCACUGUGGAAAGAGCCUCUGAAUGCAAGAAAAAGCAUGCUUUUAAGAUCAGUCACCCACAGAUCAAGACCUUUUAUUUUGCUGCUGAGAAUUUGCAGGAAAUGAAUGUGUGGUUAAACAAACUCGGAUUAGCGGUAAUCCACCGGGAAUCCACUCCAAAGGAUGAAGAAUGCUACAGUGAGAGUGAACAGGAAGAUCCGGAAACAGCAGGGGAGACACCACCUCCUACUCACUCUUCAGAGACUCCGUCCCCUUUGGCAUUUACAUCCUCACCCAAACCAAGUGAGACGUCACGUUCUUCCUCUUCCUUGGAGAAUGUAACGGCGACAACCCCCAGUGGGUCAUCUUCCUCGUGCCCGAGAGAGAGGCAGUCCUGGAUUGCUAUUGUCAACAGUUCUGCUGCUGAAUCUGUAGGACCGCCUCUGACAUUAGCUGUGCAGGUUCACUCACCGGCACCCCCAGAAGCAAACAGUCACCAGGCCCUGGAAAACAGUCUUGUCACAUCAGAAAGUGGAUUUUUGAACUCUUUAUCCAGUGAUGACACUUCUUCAUUGAGUAGUAACCUAGACCAUCUCACUGUCCCAGAAAAGCCUGCCGGAUCGAGGACAAGAGACACAGAUGAAACAAAAGUGUCCGAAGAUGAUGAAAUGGAGAAGCUCUAUAAAUCAUUAGAGCAAGCAAGUCUCUCUCCUCUUGGGGACCGACGCCCUUCAACUAAAAAGGAGCUGAGAAAGUCCUUCGUUAAGCGGUGCAAAAAUCCCUCCAUCAACGAGAAACUCCACAAAAUCCGAACAUUGAAUAGCACGUUAAAGUGCAAGGAGCAUGACUUGGCCGUGAUCAACCAGUUGCUGGAUGAUCCGAAGCUGACCGCCAGGAAGUACAGGGAGUGGAAGGUGAUGAACACUCUGCUCAUCCAGGAUAUCUAUCAACAACGCGAGGCCACAUCGACACCUGAAAGCACCACCGAGGAACACAAAGAGCCUCCCUCCUCAGCCCGUGUGGAAAAUUCGAUUUGAGAACGGGGCCCUUAUUACUUACCCCAGCAACUCUUCCAGAUUUUGCAAGAGAAGCCAUUGUUUUUUCUUGUAGAGGAAGACUGAAGCCCAGUUCCUCCUCAAGUAUUAUUGUCCAGCUCUGACGAGACAGCUUAGGUGAUCCCAGAGAAGUGGAGCUUAGGUUGAAGUGCUUUCGUGGAAACCAGUGGGAUGGAGGCUGUUUGGAGAGACGCUGUGUUCUGACGGGGAGCUCGUGUCAUGGGAUGUGAGCACUGUCUCUUCUGUUCAUUGUUCUCAAGAAAUUCCUCAUGAUCUCUGAACAAAAGACUGCCUUCCCCAGGGAUGAUUAUUCAUAGAAAUAUUCCAUUUUCCCAAAGAAGAAUAGGUACACAUAUUCUGCCUGCUUGGGGUGUUGAAUUCUCUAAGCUCUCUGU